AUGACAAUAAAUACACCUAGAUUUGAUCAAUAUUCAGAAAGAGAAUUUAAAAGACAUUUUGGUGUUCAUAAAAGUUCAGUGUCUGCAAUCAUGAAUCUAAUUGGAUGCAGUGAGUCUAAGAUAUUGAUUUGUUUAAAUUAUCUUAGAUUCUAUACUUCAUAUUUAGAUCGUUCAUUGGUUCAUGGAUGUUCAGAGUCAACUGUAAAAAACAUAGUCAAAGAAGUAUUGAAUCAAUGUUACGAAAAAGUAGAUUAUCUAUCUUAUGAUGAGACUAAAGACUACCCUCCUGUAAAAGAUGUAGAGAGAGGCAAACAUCAUUUCAAUCGUUUUGUAACAGAUACAACAUUAUGUUUAUAUGAAACUAAAAAUGACAAGUAUUGGAACGAAGAUAAAAAGCAUUUUGGUUUCAAAUAUGAAGUCACCUGCAGUAUCCACAAUGGUGAAAUUAUUUGGUGGUCUGGACCAUAUCCAGGAAGCAAGGCAGACAUUGACAUAGCUCGAUCGGAAGAGGGAAUUCUUUCAAGUGAAAUACUACAAAAUAAAGAAAGAUUCAUUGGAGAUAAAUCUUAUCAAGGUGAGAGAGAAUCAUUCAAAGCAAUGAUAAAGAGACCAAGAGGCGGUUCACUUACUCCUUUGGAAAAGGAAUUCAAUGCUUUCUUAUCUUCGAAAAUAAUCAUCAUCGAGAAUGUUAACAAACGGUUUAAAGAUUUUAAGUGUUUUUCUACUCCGUGGAAAUCAAACCAAACCUAUCACCUGCAAGCUUUUCAUUUAAUAUCUCUUGUUAUAAAUGAAGACAUCAAAAUUGAGAUGAAUAAUAUAUAUAAUUGGAUAGAUAAUGAACAACCUGAUGAUAACAUUAUAUUGAACUUCAAAAACAAUAAUAACAAAGCGAAUAAGAAUAAUGAAACAACAUUAUCACCUCCCAUACCACCCUUCAAUAAAGAUGAGCAAUAUAACAACAGCAUUGCCAAAUAUAAUAUAGAUAAUGAUGAAUAUCAGGUAGAUGAUGAUAAUGAUACUCUAAUGAACAUAAUGAACUAUAAUAAUAAUAAUAUUCUUGCUGUCAUUUAUUUUAAACUUAAACUGGGUAUAGCUUAUUACGAUUCGAAUCUAUCGAUUCUAUAUGUAUCUGAAUGUUGGGAGGAUGACACUUUCACUUGUCUUUCAAUGGUCAAACAACAAGUAUGUCCAAAGACGAUCAUUAUACCCUCUAGAAUGCCAGAGAAGUUUAUAGAUGCAGUGCACAAGAUGGAAGAAGGGCAGUCUUUCAACGUUCAUUUCUCAAAGUCAAACGAUUUCAGCUUUGACAACGGAAAGAACAAGCUACUUAACAUCAAGUUACCAAUUGACAGCAAUGACUUUCAUCAAAAGCAACUAUAUCUAGAGAGAAUAUUAGAUUUUAGUCAAAGUGAAAUGAUUAAAGCAAUUGGUGGUCUAUUGGUUUAUCUUCCAAAGUAUCUUGCUCUUGAUGAAUUCGAAACAUUAGAGAAUUUCAAACUAAAUGAAAUUAUCUGUUUCUCUUUUGAUCAAUUCUUGAGUAUUAAUACAAACUCUUUAUAUUCUUUACAAAUUUUUGCAAAUGAAAAAACAAAGUCUGUUAUUGGUAAAAGAAAGUUAAAGUCAUGGUUUAUGAGACCUCCACGCAAUAGAGAGAUCAUCGAAGAGAGAUAUGAUCUCAUAUCAUACUUUACCGAUAACUCAAAUACUCCGUUGACUUUGAGUUUGGUUGGUUGUCUAUCCAACAUCAAAGAUUUACAUAUGAUUUUAAACAAGUUAAACUUAUCUCAAAACCCAGAAAGAUAUUUAAUUAAUAUAUAUACGAGCUUACAAUCAUUCUUGAGAAUUGGAAUAUUAAUUGAACAGAAUUCUCCAACUAUUUCAUUUUUAGUAAAGAUAGUGACACUAUCAUUAGAACCAAUAAUAACAUUAUUACAACAAUACGAAAAUACAUUUAUUAUAGAUGAUUUACAUAAGAAUGUAUUAAAUAUUAAAUAUGGAAUAGAUAGUCAAUUAGAUAAACUUAGAGAAGUUUAUAACUCAAUGGGUUCAAUCUUGACUCAAAGCGGUGAAGAGGAGAAAUCAUAUUUUGGAGGCAUUCCAUGGAUUACAUCAUUUCACUUUGUUUAUUACCCACAAUUAGGAUGUCUAAUUUGUGUGCCAAUCAAUCCAAACUAUCCAUUACCUCAACAAAAAGAUUUAAAAGGAUUAGAUUUUAUUUUUCAGACAUCACAAUAUAUUUACUUUCAAAAUCAAAAAACAAAAGAAUUGGAUGAUUAUUUUGGUGAUAUUCAUAAUGAUAUAUUGGAUAUUGAAGGAAGGAUUCAGAGAGUUGUUAUCGAUGAAAUUUUAAAGAUUUCCAAUGCUCUCAUUGAAGUUUCAAAUUAUUGUUCAGAGUUGGAUGCCAUCAUUUCUAUGGCCAUUGUAUCAAAGGAAUCCAACUUUGUCAGACCUACCAUCAACUCUGAGAGUAUUUUGGAAAUAAAAAAUGGUAGACAUCCAUUACAAGAACUAUGUACAAACACUUUUAUACCAAAUGACACUGAACUUACUGGUAAAUAUAAAUAUAUCACCAUUAACUCUAAAGAUAGUCAAUUAACAAAUUUAUCAGAAUCAAAAUCAACAAUGAUAAUAACUGGACCAAAUCAAAGUGGAAAAUCUAUUUAUUUAAAACAGGUUGGAAUCAUUGUUUAUUUAGCUCAUCUUGGCUGCUUCGUACCUGCAGAGAGUGCCAAUAUAUCUUUGUGUGACAAGAUAUUUACUAGAAUCUCAACUAGAGAAAGCAACUCAAUUUCAGAAUCAUCUUUUAUGAUUGACUGUAAACAAGUUGCCCAAAUGACCAAAUUCGCAACCUCCAACUCACUUCUUUUAAUUGAUGAGUAUGGAAAAGGAACAAUACCACAAGAUGGAAUUUCACUAUUAUAUGGUUUGAUAAUACACUUUAUAGUUAAAGAUAGAUCACCCAAAAUACUAUUGAGCACUCAUUUCUAUGAAAUAUUUAAAUUGAUUUCAGAGAAACAUGCAGAUAGAAUUUCUUUCAACUCUACUCAAUUUCUUAUUGAGAAAGCCAACUCAAACACAAACAACAAUAUUACAUUUGACACAUUUAUACCACUUUACAAGUAUAAUUUAGUUUGUUUAAUGUUGCUGAUUGAAAAAACUAAUUAA